GUGAAUUUUAAGUCAAGAUUUCAAGGAUUUAAAGAGAGCGAGAAAAAUAAGAAAUAACCCAUGUUCUUAAUAUGCUGCUGCAUCCCAAGAAUUAUGCUCAGUUUUAGAAAAAAGAUACCUAAAUAUUCCACCGAUAUAUCGGACUAAUUUUACUUGAGUGUGAUUUAGCACAAGGUAAAGAUUUGCAUGCCUGACCUGAAAGUAUGUGUGCGUGUGUAUGCGUGUGUCCGUUGGGGGGUGUUGACUUUCACAUGACAUUGACGCUCUAGAAAUGUUGAGUAGCUGCUGAUCUCAGACAGUCGUUGCUCGGUGGAUUCAGCACCACUCGCCCGUGGACAGCUCCCGCAGGACCGCUUUACAUGGACAGAAGGCUCAUUUAUGUGCCAAGUCAUUCUGGAAGUUUACAACUUGGAGUGGAAUAUACGGAUACCUCACUGCAUGACACACGGGCAUAUUGGUUUUGGGAAAGAAGCCAAAUUCACUUGGUUUUGUGUGAUUCGGUGUCUUCAGGUUAACUGAAACUGUGUCGGGUUUGAUCGGGUGUUUGCGUGGUGGAUCUCUGCUGCUGUCUGAAAUCAGAGACAUGGCGACAAACAACACCAAAAGCACCGAUGGACAAGUUGUGACGGAACUCAACGAGAUCACAACUAACGACAAACCCAAAGCAGAGGACGCCAAACCAGAGAACAAGAAGAAAGAGAUUCCAGACAGAGAAACUUGGGGUGGGAAAUUUGAUUUUCUCCUGUCAUGUGUGGGCUACGCCAUCGGACUGGGCAACGUGUGGAGAUUUCCUUAUCUGUGCGGGAAAAACGGCGGAGGGGCUUUCUUGAUUCCUUAUUUUUUGACGCUUAUUUUUGCGGGAGUCCCUCUGUUUUUUCUUGAAUGCGCCCUUGGACAAUACACAUCCAUUGGCGGCCUUGGGGUUUGGAAACUAGCUCCAAUGUUCAAAGGUGUUGGUCUUGCGGCUGCUGUACUCUCAUUCUGGCUGAACAUUUACUACAUUGUCAUCAUUUCCUGGGCCCUUUACUACUUAUACAACUCCUUUACCACUGAGCUUCCAUGGAAAUCUUGUAACAAUCCAUGGAACACAGACAGAUGUUACACAAACUACAGCAUAGUAGACACCACCAAUCUCACCAGUGCUGUCAUGGAGUUUUGGGAACGCAAUGUGCAUCAAAUGACUGAUGGCUUAGAAAAACCUGGUGAAAUUCGUGUCCCACUUGCAAUAACACUGGCCAUUGCCUGGGUCCUCGUGUACUUCUGUAUCUGGAAAGGUGUCAGCUGGACUGGAAAGGUUGUUUACUUCUCUGCCACCUACCCAUACUUCAUGUUGUUCAUUUUGUUUAUCCGUGGAGUGACCCUGCCUGGGGCUAAAGAGGGAAUCAUGUUCUAUGUCACUCCUGAUUUUGAGAAGCUGAAAGAGUCUGAGGUUUGGCUGGAUGCUGCAACACAGAUUUUCUUCUCCUAUGGUUUGGGUCUAGGCUCUCUUAUUGCUCUGGGCAGCUACAACCCUUUCAAUAACAAUGUGUACAGGGAUUCUAUCAUCGUGUGCUGUAUAAAUUCCUUCACUAGUAUGUUUGCUGGAUUUGUGAUUUUCUCUAUUGUGGGCUUCAUGUCACAUGUGACAAAGAGAUCAAUAGCUGAUGUAGCUGCAUCAGGUCCUGGUUUGGCAUUUUUAGCUUAUCCAGAAGCCGUGACGCAGUUGCCAAUCUCACCACUGUGGGCUAUUCUCUUUUUCUCCAUGCUGCUGAUGCUGGGAAUCGACAGUCAGUUCUGCACAGUGGAGGGUUUCAUUACUGCUCUGGUGGAUGAAUUCCCACGGUUGCUCAGGAAAAGAAGAGAGAUUUUCAUUGCAUGUGUUUGCAUUGUAUCCUAUGCCAUUGGGCUGUCCAAUAUCACGCAGGGUGGCCUCUAUGUGUUUAAGCUCUUCGACUAUUACUCGGCCAGUGGAAUGUGUCUGCUCUUCCUGGUGUUCUUUGAGUGUAUCUCAAUCUCCUGGUGCUAUGGUGUGAACAAGUUUUAUGAUAACAUCCAGGAAAUGAUUGGAUACAAGCCUUGUCUAUGGUGGAAACUCUGCUGGGUUUUCUUUACCCCUCUAGUUGUUGGUGGCGUGUUCCUCUUCAGCGCAGUGCAAAUGGUUCCUCUUACAAUGAACAACUAUGUGUUCCCUAAAUGGGGGCAAGGAGUGGGCUGGCUCAUGGCUCUGUCCUCUAUGGUCCUCAUACCUGGUUAUAUGGGCUACAUGUUCCUCACCCUGAAGGGAACAUAUAAGGAGCGGCUCAGGAUAAUGCUGCAGCCACCAGCAGUCAAGCGUGUUCAGGAAAACGGGCCAGACCAACAGCAGCUGCAGACACAGCCACAACAGCCGGAGCAAUCACCGCAGCAAUCACCACAACAAGCACAGCAGCCGGAGCAAUCACAGCAGCAUCCACAAUCACCGCAACAACCGCAGCAACCAGACCAAGCACCACCGCAGCAACCACAAGCACCGCAGCAACUGCAACAACCACCGCAGCCAGAGCUGCAGGCUGAUAGUUCCUCUUCGACUAACCCUGGCAAUGAUGCCAAUGUUUAAAACCAGUAGAAGUGAACCCCAGCAGAGAGUAAUCAAAGAUUAACAACACAGAAGACUUCCAUGUUUAUACAGUAAUAGAAUCAUCUACCUCCAGGGGUCAUACAUAAUCAAGCUUAACAUGAAAAAAGCUAAAGUAAAAAAAAAAAAAAAAAAAAAAAAAAAUAUAUAUAUAUAUAUAUAUAUAUAUAUAUAUAUACAUAAAAAAAACAAACAAACACAAAAACACAUGCAUUUGAAAAACCUACACAAAUAAAUUCUGUACGUUUUUCAAAUGUGAAGCAAAGCGUGUCAGUGUUAAAUGACUAUGUAUUAUGUGAAUUUGUCUCUACUAAGGUUAUACUGUGAGUUAGAUUUAAGGACAGUGCAUUGUUUAUGCACUGUCUUAUUUAUGUGAGGUAUGUACUGUUUCUAUGUUGCACCGGGGACAAAGCGGGAAUAUCAAUGGGAAACUGGGUGAGAUUAUGUUACAUUCUGGGUCAUUUGGGAAAACCAAGGUGUAUCAAGCAAGCCCUGUGUCUAAAACACAAAGCAUUUCUAAUUGGCAAAGCCCUUGGGUUACCCGUCACGUGAUGUUGAAUAUUUUUGUUGAGAAAGACUGUUACUAUUUAGUUUUUCAUGAGAAAACACUUGUAUGUGAUGAAAACAUUUUUAGAAUUAUUUUUAGAAUGCUUUGUACUUUAAUGUUGAGACCAAGGACCAAAAUCAUAGAGUUAAGCAAAAACAAAUCUAUGCCUGCCAAUGUGUAGUAUGUAAAGCACAGGGUACAAAAAAAAAAAAAAAAAAAAACAUAAAAAAAACACCAAAACAAAUGGAAACACUGCAAAACAUAGGGUGAACAUUUUUGCUGAUUAUUAUACAGAUUAUUGAUGAGCACUGUCAAUUCAGUGUCCUGUUUACAUGUCCCCUCAGGAAUAUCCAAAAAAAAAAAAAAGAAAAAAAAGAAAAAAAAGUCCCUGACCCAGAGUGCAUAUCAGCUCCUUAAGCCUGUGAUUAAUGUAGUCGUGAUUUGCAUGACCAUUAGUUACUUCAUGUGCCAAAAUGUUGAAUAGGUGCAGUGCUUAAACAAAACAGGAAUGCACACAAACUGGCUACUCCGUAACAAUGGUUUACAUUACUUGAUUGUGCCAUACUUUUUUAAAAAAGUAUACGAAAUAUUUCUACCGUAUAAUAGUUAUACCAUAUUUGAAGUAGCACAAAACUAAAAUACAUGAAGGUUUUUUUUUGCCCUUCCCCCCCCAAAAGCACAAAACGUAAAAGUACAGAGACUUCUCCAACGCUAGGGCAAUGAUGCGGUGACAGUUUGCGUCAAAGGCAGCUACAUGCGAAAAGCGUUUGGU